UUGUGCGGGCCUGUGAUAAAAAUAAACUUACGAGAGCAUGGGAAAUAUCUAUUGAAUGAAACAUAGUGUAUUGAGAUUGACCAGGCAGCGGACGUUAGUAAAUAGUGUUCGUUAAUCGCUAUAAAUCUAUCGGACAUGUCACUGGUUCUGAAUCUUGUGAAUGUUCUGUGCUGAGUGUGGAUGACUGAAUUUAUCUUUAUUAUGAGUGAGGGAGGAGAGCGCUGCAGACGGUUAGAGGAAUGAAAUAUUCGCAACGAUGACGGAGUGUCUACUGAAAGAGAAGAGUUUCUUCUGCCGGGAAUGGGCUUUUAGCAAAAUCAACCACUGUUUGGAAAGUCGCCCAACCUCCAAGACAUGCGGGGCUCUCAUCAUGGGGGGUCCAGGAUGUGGGAAGACCGCAGUCGGCUGCGAACUGGUUUGGCCCACCGUGCCCCAAGGUAAACAGACUCUGCUGAAUAAGCGGCUGCUGGGCUACCACUUCUGUCAGGCACAUGACAUCGAUAGUUUGUCACUGACCAGUUUUGUAAGUGGGUUAGUCGAACAAUUGUCCAAGUCGGAAUUAAUAACAGGGUACUGCGAGAAGAUAGCGACUGCUGAAGCCAAACGAUUACGUCGCCCCUCAGAAAUCGAACGCAACCCCGAUGAAGCCUUUCAAGAACUCGUGAUAAAACCCCUGUCUUCCAUUAAGCCCCCAAAUCAAACACUGUUUACUUUAGUGGACUCUGUAGACGAGUCGUAUUUACAGUCACUGAACGACCGGACGACCGGAAGUAAAACGAUAGCUGAACUCCUCGCCAACAAUCACAACAGUUUUCCAAGCUGGCUUCUUUUAGUGUGCUCGUCACGGAAACAAAGCAAAUCAGUGACCCGGAUGUUCACUGGUUUCCGGAAGAUAAGUUUGGAUGACCUCCGGAAGUCGCAUGUAGUCCGAGAUGUCCAGCAAUAUAUUUUGUGUAGACUUGACCUUGAGGAAGACCUCCGCCAGCAUUUGAGUCGUGACACGGCGGAAAUGCUAAAUCAGCUACACAUCAAAAGUAAUGGGUGUUUUCUUUACCUGGAGAAAGUUUUAGACGGGGUAGCUGAGAAAUUCAUCAUGUUACGGGAGAUCCGUGAAAUCCCGGGGACGCUUAAUGGCCUUUAUUUGUGGCUCUGUCAGCGAUUAUUUGUGCGGAAACAAUUUUCUAAAAUUCAGCCAAUUUUGAACGUGAUUCUCGCCUCCAGAAAACCUUUAACCGAGGAACAGUUAUUUUCGUGUGUACAAACGUCAAAUCUUGCACUAACAAAGGAAGAUUUUGACAAGAGAAUGGACUUGCUUUCAAAAAUAUUAAUUGAGGGAAACGAAGCUACUAAAAUUUUAUUUCACCACAGCUUUGCCGAAUGGCUUCUGGAUGUGAAGCAUUGCACCCAAAAGUACCUGUGUACCGCUUCAGAAGGCCAUGGGAUGUUAGCGAUGCAUUACACUGCAAACGCUGAAAAUCUCAUCGCUGCUGAGGUUCAGGAUUUCACUUGGCAUCUGGUGAGAACCAACUUUGUGGAACCGAUUCAAACAUACCAUCUUACACAGUGGUUAUUAGUCAGUGGCGCAGAUGUAGAAAACAGUUUAUCAGCCGGUGUUCCGAAAGAACAAAAGGUAGUGAAACUUUUAUUAGAUGCCGGGGCUAAAAUGCCGAUAGAUGCCGAAGAGGCAGAGUGUGCUAGUCUCCAAGCCAGCAUGAUUGAAGAGGUGGAAUCCGGUGACCAGAUUUUGGAGGAUGUGGACGUCCAAAUUAAUGAGGUGGACGGAACCGGCAGGACAUUGUUGCAUACAGCAGCCUACGAAGGAAAUCUUGAUUUAGUGAAUCUUCUUUUGACGAAAGGGGCAAACAUUGAGGCGGUAGAUCGCAGCGGACAGACACCGUUAAAUUUAGCGUCACGUCAAGGUCACGGGACAGUCGUAGCGACGCUUCUCAGUGCUUCCGCGUCAGUGAAUUCUACGGAUUGUGAAGGGUGGACUGCUCUGCGGUCAGCGGCCUGGGGUGGGCACACGGCCGUCGUGUGUCUGCUGUUAGACUGUGGUGCAGAUGUGAACUAUGCUGAUAAAGACCAACGGACAGCGCUUCGUGCCGCCGCUUGGGGUGGACACGAAGACAUAGUUCUUCGUCUGCUAGAGCACGGAGCAAAUGUGAACAAGGCCGAUAUCGAAGGUCGUACGGCGUUGAUUGCUGCUGCGUACAUGGGUCACUCGGAAAUCGUCCAGCAUUUACUAGAGUACAAAGCGGAUAUAAAUCACGAAGACUGUGAUGGCCGAACAGCGCUGUCGGUCGCGGCAUUGUGUAUUCCGGCCAGCGAAGGACACGAGAGUGUCGUUAGCAUUCUACUAGAGCAAGGAGCCGAGGUGAAUCAUCAGGACAAGGACGGAAUGACGCCAUUACUGGUCGCCGCGUGCGAGGGCCAUCGUGACGUCUGCGAGCUACUGUUGGAAUGGGAUGCGGACAUCGACCAUGCAGACAAAAGUGGGCGAACGGCUUUACUGGCCGCCGCGUCUAUGGGACACGCAAAAAUCGUGCAUCAACUGUUGUUCUGGGGUUGUGCGGUGGACACCAUAGACUCGGAAGGAAGGAAUGUCCUCAGCAUCGCCUCCGCCCAGGGAAGUGAGGACACUGUGCGUCAGCUGCUAGAGCGAGGGUUAGACGAAAUGCACAAGGAUAACGCCGGGUGGUCCCCCCUUCAUAUGGCGACCUAUGAGGGGAAUCUUAAGGUGGUGGAAUGUCUUCGUGAGUUUUGCGCCAAAGUAAACGAGUGUGACAACGAUGGUCGCCACCCACUGGUUUUAGCAGCGCAAGAAGGUCAUUUGGAUGUGGUGCAGUGCCUCGUGGAGCAUGGCGCCAUGGUUGAUCACAAGGCACAUGACGGAAAGACGGCUCUACGAGUGGCUGCAUUGGGUGGUCACUUAGAGGUUGUGGAGUAUCUCAUGUCCCGUAACGCAAACAUUAACUAUAAAGACUUAGAUGGUAGGUCCACUCUGUAUCUGUUGUGUCUUGAAAACAAGGCCGACAUGGCGCUUUUUUUACUGGAAAAUGGCGCUGACGCAGAGUGCACCGAUUUAGAGGGCCGAACGGGGCUGCAUAUCACCAGCUGGCAAGGUCAUCUCGAAGUUGUGCAACAUCUUUUGAACUAUGGAGCGCAGGUGAACGCAGUGGAUAACGACCGCCGGUCCGCUCUACAGUCUGCCGCGUGGCAGGGACACGAUAAAAUCGUCCGUUUCCUGCUGCAGAAAGGAGCCAUUGUGGACCACGCCUGUAAUCAGGGUGCCACAGCGCUGUGUAUCGCAGCACAGGAAGGACACGAAGAAGUGGUCAGAACUCUUUUACAAUUCAAAGCUAACCCAAAUCAUGCGGAUCAAUUCGGUCGGACACCGGCAAAAGUUGCAAUAAAAAGUGGACAUUCCAAUGUUUGUCGUUUGUUGGAAGAAUAUGGCGCAGUGGCGCCGAGCUGCAAAAGCAGCCGCAGUAAUUCGUCCGCAUCUAGUAACGACACAAAACCUACAAAUACGACGGGAGGCGUAACGUCAGGCGUCAUUGUGAAUGGCAGUCAACUUAAUAGUUCGCCGUCAGAUUCCCCGGACUCAACGUUUGACCGACGAAAGUCGUACGCCUCAAACAAUUCGUCAAAGUCAUCUAGUAAUUUUACUUCUUCCACAAAUCAAAGCGCCCACAGCUCCCAUGCCCACGGAGGUAGCGAUUGCUUAACGUUCACACAACAGCUCCAGCAGUGUUCAAUGAGCCGGAACCGACCACGCCCAGCUAGUCGUGUCCUGUCACCCGUCAGUGAACCGCAGACUCCCGUGCAGUCUCCCCCUCUUUCGCCGAUGGUGGAAGUGCAUAACGAACUAAACAGCAUCCACAGUCAGAUCUCGCCAUCUACCGAAAGAAAUUUGAACCAGUUUGCGCCCGUAAAAUACUCCAACAACAAACAGCAAGAAAUAACAGCCACAAUAAACAUCAUCACCAAUCCAAACGCCGAGUUUGCAGACGACCCGGUUUGGCAAAUUAACCCUCUACAUUUCAAAAAUAUCAAAAGCGAUCUUGAGAAGUUUCGUUUGAAACAAAGCCCGGUGAAGGAUCAGCCGUCCAAGCUCAUUAUGGGACAAAGUGCGCUUCGUUCGCCGGAAAUGAGGCGGAAAAGAAAUGGGAUAGUUACGAACCCAAACGUAACGAAAAGUCUUGGAAUCAAUAGUCCUAAUAUCGGUAAACUGUCCAGUAUUGAUCACAGUCAGUGUAAACUUAACGGAGUGAAUGGCUCGGUGUCGACUGGGCUCGUGAAUGGGCCGGUCUCCAAUGGGGUCCUGCAGACACACCAAGGCCCGCCUCGACCUAACGGCCUUCCCCUAAAGAAGGAAACGCCUUUGUAGCGGAAACUACGUAACAAGACCCAAAAUAACCCGGAUGAAGCGAAGCAGACGGUAAUCUGUGAUAUUGACAUUUGGAAUACUCUUUCGUUGAACUAGUUCUCGUUGAAUUGGUUCUCGCUGAAUUGGUUUCCAUGGAUAUUGGUAUGGAAGCUGAACAGUCCAUGCAUACAUCAUUCAAAUUUAUGCGUAACUGGUUGACCAUCAUUCAAGUGAGGAAUAUAUCUGUAUUCAGGACAAAUGGUUGACCAUCAAGUGAGGAAUAUAUCUGUAUUCAGGACACUUCAUAUAACAUUAACCAGCUCGUACAUGUAGAGGAAGGAGGUCAUGUUUAAUUAGAAAUUCUUCUAUAGUCGUCGUGAGAUGUGAAUGUACAAAAAAUUCAUAUUCAUUUGCAAUUGAUGCUAUGCAAAUUAUUCAAGCUGAUAUAUUGUGCAAUAUCUAUAGGAAUAUAGCAUUGCAGAACUUCCCAUGAAGAAAUGAUCGUUAAAAGCUCCCUAUGCUACGUUUUAGAUGAAGUGUAAUUCCUCAGACAACUAAUCCAAGUAUUGCCUUUGUAUCAUACUGGAAAAAAACUUUUUUUAAUUACAUUAUGUCGUAGCUAUGCCAAAAUGUUUUGUUACAAGCGGCUACAGCGUAUUUCUCGCUAUAAUAUCGCUAUUUCGUGCUAUGUCAUGUGAUGCUUUAAUUUCGGUGUGUUUUCUAGUCAUGCGCGAUUCAUUCUUCAGAAUUCCACCUGAUCAGUUGUAUGUUAAGUGAUGUCUGUGUUCUCUUAAAGUUUCGCUUGUUGACGAUUGUUGAUUUAGUGCUUUAAUUCAUUUUAUUAUGAAAACUGUAAUAAAUAAUUCAAAAUCUA